ACACGCACGCCGGAACACGAGCGAUGAGCCGAGCCCGUUCUAGUAGGGAGUUUACGGUAACCGGAACGGUAAACAAAUAUACGCCGCCAUGCGCAGUGCGUGCUGUACGCGAACGCGUUUCUCCCUCUGUUUUUUUACAGGCGUGUUUUCAGUGCAUGUAUAUAAACAUGUAAAUCGAUUCCCUUUUAAACUGACCUGCACUACAUCUCGCUGCAUUGCAAAUCAAUGCAAUGUCAGCUGCAUGCAUGAGGGCUGCUAGAGAGCUGGGUAACCCUAGCUGAUCUGUGUGAGCAUUCAUUGAGAACGUUUCAUUGACAUUAAACAAAAGGUACCAGUAAUUGUAAUGCAUUUCUCUAAAAAAUGCUCCGUGUUUAAGGUGGUGCUCAGUGCACUUCUUGUUGUUGCAUUGUUGCAGCUCUUAUAUCUGUCUUUCCUCUCAAAAUUGCACGGCAAACAGCAGCGCUACAAGUAUUCUGAGCUCUUCGGCUCCAAAAAGACAGCAAACCAAGGAGAGAAGAACCCCAGGCGGGAACAUCUCAGAUACUCGUUAUCCACAGGUGGGAUCUUCGAUGGGAGCGGACAGUACCGUGUGUAUAAAAACCUAAUCAAAAGCGACUUCUUGACCAAUCAGAAGCCAGGAGCAGAUCCCAGAUCGCACCACCUGGCUUUGGCCACGCAUACGACUAUCAACAACCUUCACCAUUUGAACGCUUUGUUGGAGCGCUGGCAGAAUCCUCUAUCCAUCGCGAUAUUCGCCAACGGCCAGGAUGUUAAGUUCGCAACGGCGUUCGUUUACGCCCUCAGCAUUUUCUGCCCACAGGUUCAAGCACUGGUGGACUUCCAUCUGGUUUGCCUCUCGGGUGAAAUGGCCAGUUUUCCAGACCAGGAUCGAGAGCAUUUCGCCGGUCUGGAGGAGAAGGGCUGCUCCGGCAUCUUCGCCAAGCUCGAAUCCCACCGAGACAGGUAUAAGAACUACGCCAUCGGCAGCAACGUCUCGUACCCCAACAACCUUCUCCGCAACGUGGCCCGCAGCGGCACGGACGCCGCCUACAUCCUGGUCAUCGAUAUCGACAUGAUACCCAGUGCCAAUCUGCACCACCAGUUCGUGACCAUGCUGAUGAGGCAUGAACCAGCCGCGGACGAGGUCCUCGUGCUUCCUGCGUUCGAGAUCAGACACACUCGUAAGAUGCCUGCGACCAAGUCGGAGCUGGUGCAGCUCUAUCAGGUGGGUGAGGUGCGACCGUUCUACGAUGAGCUUUGCCCUCGCUGUCAAGCUCCCACUAACUACUCACAGUGGGUCAACCUGGCCAUCAAGAGCUCUGGGCCCCUGGAGGUGGCGUACACCAUCAACUGGGCCGAUCCGUGGGAGCCUUUCUACAUCGGUGCUCGAUCUGUUCCUCUUUAUGAUGAGAGCUUCAGGCAGUACGGCUUCAACCGCAUCAGUCAGGCCUGUGAGCUUCACGUCGCCGGUUACAGGUUCUCUGUGGUGAGCAAUGCGUUUGUGGUGCACAAAGGGUUCAAGGUCCAGGGAGAGUUUCACAGCAGAAAGGACGAGGAGAACCGGAAGAACCGCAUCCUCUUCCGCAGCUUCAAGGAGAGCCUGAAGGCCAAGUAUCCGACCUCACCUCGCCACUGCUGAGAAAACAGAUGCUAAUGAGAGAGAUCACACCGACUCCUGACCAACAUCUGCCAGGCUUUAUGUGAUGCACAAAUCUCCACUCGUUUCAAAACAUGAAGAACUGUACUGUCAAAGGAGAUGUACUUGAACGCUCAUUAUUUGAUCUAUAAGCUGAGGACAUGAUCCUUCACGCUUUUAAUGAGAGAAACUAAAUAAAGAUUUUUUAUUUAUAUGUUUUUUUUUUUUCGGUACAUUUGUAACUCCUUUGGGUUUUGAGGACAAGAUAUAAAUGUCUUCAAAGUUAACUUAUUUAUUAGAUUUUUUAUGCUACUUUCCAUCUCACUUUUCUGAGGUUUUACUGCAUUUUAAUACAUUUUUUCACUUUUUUCCCCCAAACUGAAGGCAAGACUCCCAUGUGAGACUUUAUUAUCAUACUUUUCUAGUUAAUUGAUUAUGUUAAGAAUUGCAUUUAAUAUUUUUUUUUUUAUAAUAUACAUGUUUUCUGAAAAACUGUGAAGGUUUAAAUAUGUAAUUAAGUAUGCAUACAUUUCCUGAGCAGAAAUGGGUAAAGCCGGAUUCAAAACUGUUUAAUUUGGUUGACGUCAGAGCCAAAUGGGUUUUUACAGAAGAUUUUUACAAAAGUGUUUAGGAAUCAAAUGUAUAAAAUCAGGUGAAUGGUAUUAUAUAAACAAAUCCAUGUAUGUGCGGCUGAAGUAUAGAGAAAAAACCCAUUUUGGGAAAAAGGCAUGUAUUGCAACUGAAAUCUACAGACACAAAUAGAUAAAUUGCAAUAAACUCCAAAAGCAUAUUUGCAAUAUUUUAAAAGCAAAUUUUAAGCAUCCAAAAGCAUAUUUGGAUGUGUUCUUCUCACUAGACUGAAACAACACGUCAUGAAGAGCCAAACAGCCCAAAAUCAGUGCAUGAAAAACUCUGUUUAAGCCUGUAGUGUCUGAGAAACGUUUCUCCCGCUAAGCAGUAGCUGAAUACUGAUGGUUCAUUACAGUACAGUGAGUCUGUACAGUAUAGUUUACAAGAGAAAGAGUGUGGUGCAGCUGUAUCUCAUGAAGUGACUGUAACGCCACACGUGUUUGAGUUACAGUCGAGACGAGCUCUCGUAAAGACCCACAGAUUAGAUUUAAAGCUAUUAACAUAUUAAGACCUUUAUGCUAAUAAAGACUCUAAAGACGUCUGAUGAUAUUACACAACUGGGGAGUGGUGUCUGAAAAUCAUAUUAGUGUUUUAAUUAUACUGUGGAUUAGGGGUAGAUGACAAUUAAGCAACAUUGGAUUAAUGCAAAUAUGUACAGGUUUUAGUACAAGCAGUGCAUUGUAGUGUUUAACACUUGAAUGGGGAUUAUAUAUAUUAUCCUUUGUUUUGGGGUAAAAAUAACCCAUUUUCUUUUACUUCAUAAGAUUGUUUACUGAUUGCAAGAGUGUUAUUACUUUAAUUUUUUUAACAUUAGUCUCCAUUAAUAAUAUUUUGUUAAUUUUUGUCAAAGGAGUGUUUUGGUUAUUUGUUAGUGUUGUGUAGUAAUGAAAGCAUGAAUGUUGUGACACUGGAAAAAUGCUGUUAAUCCAGAAAACUUGUUGUGAAACUGAAAAAAAAGGUGUUUUUUAAGUUUUAUAAAAUUGUGACAUGUGAACAUGUAAUUAUUUGAUUGCACAUGAUUAUGCAACUAA